CCUGUAAACUACAGUUGUAGCAUGCGGGUUUUGUUUUUCUGGGCUCCCCUAAACUCAGCGGCUGGGAGCAAAUCCUUUCGUCCUCCUCUCUCUCUCCUCCAGCAUGGCCGCCGCAGCCGCCGCCUCCUAUCGUCAUCAUUCCACCUCUCCCGCUGCCCGUCUGAUUACCUUAAAACCGCCGCCUCCCCAAAUCCCCUCCUCCUCCGAAACCCUACCCGCCGGCGCCACCGCCGGAUCUGCUGCUCCACCGCACCAGCGGACGCCGAGCCCCAGUCCUCCACGAACCGCCGCCCGGCGGAAGAACAUCCGCGAGGAGGCCGCUCGCCUCGAGCUCGCCGCCCCCGCCAACGGCUUCUCCGCCUGGUACGUCCCCUUUGGCGCUCCGGCGGACGAUGGCCCAUCCGGCGAGCGCUACUCCCUCGACGAGAUCGUUUACCGGAGCCGGUCCGGUGGCCUCCUCGACGUCCGCCACGACAUGGAGGCCCUGAAGAAGUUCCCGGGCUCCUACUGGCGCGUCCUCUUCGACUCCCGCGUCGGCCGCACCACCUGGCCCUACGGCUCCGGCGUCUGGAGCAAGAAGGAGUGGGUCCUCCCCGAGAUCGAUGCCGACCACAUCGUCUCCCUCUUCGAAGGCAACUCCAACCUCUUCUGGGCCGAGCGCCUCGGCCGCGAGCACCUCGGCGGCAUGCCCGAUCUCUGGGUCAAACACUGUGGCAUCUCCCACACCGGCUCCUUCAAGGACCUCGGCAUGACCGUCCUGGUCAGCCAGGUCAACCGCCUCCGCCGCCAACCACUCAACCGCCCCAUCGCCGGCGUCGGCUGUGCCUCCACCGGCGACACCUCCGCGGCCCUCUCCGCCUACUGCGCCGCCGCCGGCAUCCCCGCCAUCGUCUUCCUCCCCGCCGACCGCAUCUCCCUCGCCCAGCUCGUCCAGCCCAUCGCCAAUGGCGCCACCGUCCUCUCCAUCGACACCGACUUCGACGGUUGCAUGCGCCUCAUCCGCGAGGUCACGGCCGAGCUCCCCAUCUACCUUGCCAACUCGCUCAAUUCCCUCCGCCUCGAGGGUCAGAAGACCGCGGCCAUAGAGAUCCUCCAGCAGUUCGACUGGGAGGUCCCCGACUGGGUCAUUGUUCCCGGGGGCAACCUCGGCAACAUCUACGCCUUCUACAAGGGUUUCGACAUGUGCCGGGAGCUCGGCCUGGUCGACCGCAUGCCACGUCUCGUGUGCGCCCAGGCCGCCAAUGCCAACCCCCUCUAUCUCCACUAUAAGUCCGGAUGGACCGACUUCAAGCCGGUCACUGCUGCCCCGACCUUUGCCUCUGCCAUCCAGAUAGGAGACCCCGUGUCCAUUGACCGUGCUGUGUUUGCGCUCCGUGCGACGGAUGGGAUUGUCGAGGAGGCCACCGAGGAGGAGCUGAUGGAUGCCAUGUCGCUCGCCGACCACACCGGCAUGUUCGCAUGCCCCCACACUGGUGUCGCCCUUGCCGCCCUCACGAAGCUGAGGGAUAGGAGGGUCAUCAAGGCCAAUGACCGGACAGUGGUUGUGAGCACUGCGCAUGGGCUCAAGUUCACUCAGUCCAAGGUCGACUACCACUCCAAAGAAAUCGCCAACAUGGCGUGCAGGUAUGCGAACCCGCCUAUCAGUGUGAAGGCCGAGUUUGGGGCCGUGAUGGACGUCUUGAAGAAGAAGCUCGAUGUAAAGGGGAAAGUCCGAUCAUCGGAUCACUUGAGGGUCAAGACUGUGAUUUGGCUGACGAUCCAAGUUGCGGUGCUACAGGUGUUGUUUUUCCUUUCCCAUUUCUCACUUGAGAGAUGGUGCACAUUUCAAGUUGUAGCAAGCUGUUAGCUUUCUCCUCCUAUUCUUUCUUCUUUUCUUUGGCUCGAGUGGUUGCCCUGCAUUACUUCAAUUCUAUGUCAGGUCUUUUUGUGAUAAGAGAGUAGGAUUCCUGAAUAGGUUGGGUUAAGGAUGUAAUUUGAUUCUGACUUUAGAGGAUGGAGCUUAGUGGUUCAGAUAGGUUUUAUAUGCUAUGCUUGGGAAGGAUGAAUGGCUCCCAUAAAAGAAUCUUUUGAUUCUCUCAUGAUUGGUUUAAUCAAAGGUGCGGUAAUUUACG